GCUGGCGCCGAACCAGCGGAGGUGGCCCGAGGUGACGGGAAGCGGGGAGAGGUGCUGCGCCAGCGCCGGGAGCGCUGCCACCAAGGGUCAGCUACAGCGUGUCUCUUCAGGAGGACUCCACAAUGAAAAAAACAACCCAGAGUUGCAUCUUACUGAUCAUCCUUCUAAUUAGAAUGGUUCUAAGUCUUUCUUCUACUGUAAAUUAUACUGAUCCUACGAUAGAGCCUGUAGUGACUGAAAAUUCAGUCAUACGACAGAAGAUAAUAGAUUCACAGUUCAAAUGCUAUGAGAGGAUGAACAGAGCUCCUCCGUAUAAGAAAAAAGGUCUGUUCUGCAGCCGAACAUGGGAUGGCUGGUUGUGCUGGGAUGACACACCUGCUGGAAGAAUCACUGCUCAGAAUUGUCCAGAUUAUUUUCCAGACUUUGAUCCAACUGAGAGGGCUUCAAAAUAUUGUGAUGAAACUGGAAACUGGUUCCGUCAUCCUGAGAGCAACAGAACUUGGUCCAACUACACCCUGUGCAACUCUUUCACCUCUGAAAAAUUGAAGAUGGCCUUCAUCCUUUAUUACAUGGCAAUCGUUGGCCAUGCUUUGUCUAUAACAUCCCUGUUGAUUUCCUUGGCAAUUUUCUUCUAUUUCAAGAGCCUCAGCUGUCAAAGGAUAACACUGCAUAAGAAUUUAUUUUUUUCUUACGUGCUGAACUCCGUGUUUACAAUUGCCCACCUCAUUGCUGUUGUGCCUAACCCUGGCCUUGUAAAAAGGGAUCCUGUAAGCUGCAAAGUGCUGCAAUUCUUUCACCAGUACAUGCUGGGCUGCAACUACUUCUGGAUGCUUUGCGAAGGCAUUUAUCUUCACACGUUGAUUGUGGUGGCAGUGUUUGCUGAAGAGCAGCGUUUGCACUGGUAUUACCUCUUGGGCUGGGGGUUCCCUUUAGUGCCAGCAUCUAUUCAUGCUAUUGCAAGAGCCAAAUACUUCAAUGACAACUGCUGGAUGAGUGUCGACACGCACUUGCUCUAUAUUGUUCAUGGACCUGUAAUGGCAGCUUUAUUGGUCAAUUUUUUCUUUUUGCUUAACAUUGUUCGCGUUCUGGUGACAAAGCUGAGAGACACCCACCGUGCUGAGUCCAACAUGUAUAUGAAAGCUGUCAGAGCUACUUUAAUCCUGGUGCCCUUGCUAGGAAUCCAGUUUGUUAUUAUUCCCUGGAGACCAGAAAACCGACUUGCUGGAGAAAUAUAUGACUACAUCAUGCAUAUAUUAAUGCAUUACCAGGGCUUACUUGUGGCAACUAUAUUCUGCUUCUUCAAUGGUGAGGUACAAGGAGCUUUGAAGAGGCAAUGGACACAGUACAAAACCCAGUGGGGCCAAAGGCGCCGAGAACACUGUUCCACGCGAUCUACCUCCUACACUGCAACAUCAAUCACAGAGGUCCCCGUUUUCCUGUACCACCAUGACUCCAACAAUGAACAGAUAAAUGGAAGACACAUAGAGGACUCUGAACUCGUUGCAUUAAAAUCUGGGGAGACAUCUGCCUAGCUUGCACCAGCCAUUGCAAACACAUAAUUCCACAUUCUGCUUGUGAACAAAGUGGGAAGAAGGGUGGGACUGUGGAAAUCCAAACCACUGUGGGAGAUGCCAGGUGAAAGGACACAUCAUAUUCAAACCACAUCAGCCUCUGACAGCAAUGGUGUAGAGGGAGUCUGGCACAGACCUAGGAAUCAUUUUUCUUCCUGUGUGCUGCAGCAGGGAGUGAACAUGGACCUGCCCACCAGGCUGUGUCGUCUCCAUUUCUCCUGAUACCUGCCAUAUGAAGUGACCAACAGUAGUUACAGCGCCAGGUAGCCCAUGAUAAACAGGAAGGAAAGAACCAGUAUGUGGCAAUUGGAAACUUUCAGCAAUUUUUGCUUUCAUUAUUUUUCUUUAACAGUAGAUUUUGAACUGUCAAUUUCCAGAAGAUGUAGCUGGCUUGGAGUCCUUUACUUUUCCCCUUUUAAUGAGCUUGAUGACUUCUUAAAAUAUUUUGCAUGUUGUAAGACAAAUCAAACAGGUGAACAGAAAAAGAGCAACUCCAAAGUAUUCAAAUCUUGAUGAUCUCAAAAGGAUCACCAAAAAUAUUAGCAUCCCCAAAGGAUAUCCCAAAAUAGUACCAUUCCAUUAGCAAGUGCAUAAAACAAGUGAAAAUAAAAUAGACAUUGUAUACUGAGAUCACAACAUCCUCAGAGAAAGAGACUGGUUCUUUAGGCUGCCUCACACAAGUCCUGAAGGCACCUUAAAAUAGUUUUUGUUUAACAAUACUGGUAGUCCAAGAAUAUUUCUUUAUAGGAAAAACUGUCACCCUAUUAGUCUGCCCAGAAACUCAUCAUUAAGGCACAAUUCUUCCACUCUGAAUAAAUAGUGACAUUUGUUUGGAAAUUAUAAUUUCAUUAAUAGCCAUUCUGAAAUGAAUGCUAGUUGAAUACUUGCCUCAUAAUAAAAUUAUUAUCCUGGCAGUAAAGGAUCCCAGGUAAGAAAUGAAAAACUAAUGCACAAGUAGCACCUAUUUUAGAAAUCUGGUUGCUGCUCUGAGUCCCUAAGUCUUGAAGGUGAUGUUUUAAUGUGUGAGUCUCUUGUCAGGAAAACACGAUGAGUGUGCUGUUUUGUGAGUAAUAAGCACCUUUAAUCACAAAUUCAAAGCAUCCUUGGAGUGUCUAUGUGAUUACUGAGGCAGAAACCAGGUAAGGAAGAAGCUGAUUUGCAGUUGGACAUUACAGUACUGUCACUGCAAAAGUUCUGCAAAAGCACAAAAGAAAUAAAACAGAUGAAUUUCCCACAUGAAGCUAAUUGCAAAGAAUCUGUAAGCAACAACAGCAGUGGCAAGAAAGUUUUGCAGGGCUGGGACUCCAUUGGAGUUUUAUGCAUAAAGUAUGUGAUGAAUUCUGUCAUUGCUUCUUGCAUCUUGAUGAAUAACAGUCCUACAUAUUUCCCACACCUUGGCCUCUGGCUGAGAUGUCCAUGCGAUAUUUAAAAUGCUAAUGACUUCAAGGUAUUCAUCACAGUCUUUAGCUUUGAAGGAAGCUGGAAAGCUAUCAGUCCCUGCUUGUUUUCCAUGCUAGUACACUUGCAUCUGAUGCUUGCACCCCACACCAAGCAGGGAGACAUGGUCUGAGGAAGAGGCAGCUGCAAGUGCCAGUGCUGACACUUGCUCAUCUCAAAUGUCUAAGUACCAGCAUUGACCUGGGAGUUGUAAAAAUGCUUUCUUACAUGGCAGGUGAAUGGGAAGGGACAGAAUGCCAUCCUUUAUACUGCAGACACAUUCAUGCGGGUCUUCUGCUGCUGCUGUAAAAUUUCUUCCUUUCCUUCAUCUACUUGCUGCUGUUUCAUGUAUAAUUUCUUUUCUCUUUAGCACUGCAUAAGGUACUUAAAAUAUUUUGGCUUAAAAUAGUUUUAAAUCCAGAUCUUGUCAGAUAGUAAAGGAGAAGAGAAAAACUGAAAUAAGGCACUUGAGCAAAAGGACAAUUCUUUUGAGGUGAUUUUGGAGGUUCCAGACAGGGGCUCUAACCCCACAGGUGUAUUGAGGAGGGACUGCAAGACAGUCUCUAUGCCACAAGAUAAAACACACUUUAGAGAGUCCCAUAGAAAGACAUAAGCUAGUCCUGCCAUAAAUCAUGAUAAUAUAUUUCAUAUUAUAUUGAAAUUAGCAGAGAAAUUCCCAUUGACUUAGAAGAGCAGCAAAGAAUCCUCUUCAGUGCUCAGGAAUGAUUUAUGCAGCACAGUUUGUGUAGACCUCAAAAACAGCAGAAAAUUUACAUCCUUCAGGAUUUUAAAACAUAUUAAAAUUUUGUGUCCAGCCAUGCUAAUUUUAUCCUUCACUGACACAGCUAGACUUUAAGCUUUACUCUGUAAAUUUCAAGUGGUGGUCUGCUCUACGUGUCUACCUGCACAAGUCACCGUAUUGCUGGAAAAGUCCUUUCCAGGAAUAAGCUCAUGAAGGAUAGGUAUAAACUCAGCUCUUUGAGAGGGGACUUAAAUCCCAGUACCCAUACAUGAGGCAGCACUGAGCUGCUGGGGCUGAGACCAUAGAACCAGAGGGAGGAGCUGGAGAACAGUAAUUAACUGUCCACCAAUGGUGCAGAUCAUCGAUUGUCUAAUCCAGGGGAACAUUUGCAAGAAAAUAUGAUCCUGUGUAUUUGUUCAAGCCACAUACCUAUUUUUCAUACUUAGAGGAAUAUGAAGGCAGUUAUUUUUUCAGACAACAGUAUUUUGCAUAUUGCUAUUUCUACUUUUGCCAGUGAACAAUGGGAAGUGGAGGACUCAGUCACUAAAGACUGUAACAUGGCUCUGCUAUGGAUGCUGUAUUUCUGAAUAGGUUUGGGGCACACCACACUUCCCUGGAGAGCUAUGGAAUGCAUUCUUAGCUUUCAAAGACACAAAUGAGCUGAUUGUAAAAGAAGUGUGCAUAAUACAGGGAGUUUAAUAAUGAACAUUUUGGUUUUAACAAUGUACGUGUUUACAACAUAUAAGUGCAAGUUGUUUUACAAUCUCUUAUGUUGAUGUGGAUGUACAAAAUGGAAACACUUUGCCAUUGUAGUGAUUGUUUUCUUUCUUCCCUAAUAAUAUUUUCUUGCUUUGUUCAGUAGAAUUCUCUGAAAAGCCAAACUCAGGAUCUGGGGUUUAGGGUCCCACUUUGAGCUUCAGGUGGUGGAAAUACUAUGUUCUUAUGCCAGCGCUUGUGGCAGCUUUAGUUUCAGUGGAGUAAUAAUGAUUUGCAGCCACUAAAAAUUUGGUCUAACAUACAUGAUGAGUUGAGGGUCAACAUCACCCUUGGGCUUUGCAGGAAAGGCUGUGUUUUAGAGGUACUUAAGAAUUUCUAAUCAAAAUAUUUUCCAAUGGAUAAUGCUUUUUUGUGUCAUCUCAAGUUGAUUUGUAGUCAUUGCACACAUAAGGUAAAUUCCACUUCUCUGCUUUAUACAUAGUACCAGCACUAGAGAAAGUAAUAUUGGGAAUGCUGAUAUGACCACAAUAAUUACAAUGUCUUGGCAGCAGGGUGUUUUGUCUCUAAUACAUUCCAUGGGAAGAGAAGAAAUGGUAAUUAAUGUAUCUCUGUAUCAAAAAGUAGGAAAUAAGCUGAGACUUAAGUCAGUAAGAUCAAGGUGUCUGUUAAGAGGAAACCAACCUUAGAUUCAUCACCUCUGCAGUAUCUAUUUCCUCUCAUAUGCCACAUUCAAGACAUGAAAAUCUACUUUAGUGAACAUUUGCUCUGGCAGAAGGUUUAUGUGAUUGCUUUGUUUUAACACUACAUCUAUCAGGAAGAUGCUGUUGUUAUUCUUUACUAGGUACAGAAACACAGCACAAAUUAGAAGACCUGAUGUGGCAUGGGAUGCCGAAAGUAAUACUUUUUAGUUGAUUUACUUAAUAACUAUGUUUUAGUUGAAAUAAAAUAGCAGCAGAGGUAGAACAGACAUUUUUUUCUAUAUUAAACAGAAUAACACUACCUUAAUUAAAAGUCUGCCAGUUACACAGUACUCGUGUUUAAAAUGUAGCAACAUAACUUUGUUUUGGGAUAAAACCAACCACACAAAUGUGGUACAUUUCUGGCCUCUUUUCCUGAACUCUCCUCCAUCCUUUACCCACCUUAAUAGACAAAAUCUGAGCCAUUUUUCAAAGAUGCAAAUCCUAAAGACUAACAAAAUGAAGUUAACUGCAUUUCCAGUGCUUAGAAUUUUAAAAGUCAAGUGUGUCAUCAAGUGUGUCUUCAUGAAGCUCAAUAUGCAUAGUUAUUUGAUUACUGCUCAAAAACACGAGCCUUUUUAACCAGAAAGUUAUUUGACCUGAGCUAAAACAUGUGCAAGUUGGACCCAGUGCUAGCCACAUAAGGGGGGGGGGGAAUAAAUAAACAAACAAACAAAUAAAUAAAUAAAUACGAAAAAAAAGUUGAGCUAAUGUUAGUGCCAGACUGGCAAUUUUGAGUUCCUACAUUUUUCUCCUUUCUAGCUAUAGUCCAUGUAGAAGUAAUUUGAUAUCAGUUUUUCAUACACAUCAGGAUACCAUGAACAAAGGUCCCUGUUUUUUAGCCAUUUGUAUUACAUGACACAAGCACAAACACUCCUGAGCACAGAAUGGUGCAUCAGUUGCCAACAGUGCAUUUCAGCAAAAGAAAUUAAAGCAAUCAGGACAAAGAAACAUAACAUAUAUUUUAUGCUUAGCUUAUACAAUCUUUUUAAAUUAGCAAUAGAUCUUCAGGGAUCAAAACAUAUACAAUAAAAUCUGAACAUAUUUUAAAUUAUUCCUUGUGUAUAUAAAAAGUUUUCCUUUUUUUAAUUCAUGUCUAGAUAAAAUAUUCCUUUAUUAUCAUGACAGGAAGGUUUUAUGCAAUCAGUUAUUUGAUUAUGCUUGAAAUGCAUGACUCACAAAAUUCAAAAAAGGCUUGACACGUAGGAAGACUUCCCAUGUUGGCAAAUCUGAGGAACAGUCAUAAGCUACAAAUUCAUUGUUUAUUACUGAUAUGAAUAAAAACACAGCUUUAAUUUCAUUAUCCCUUUGUUUAUAUAUAUGCCAGGAAAUUAUUUGUGUAUUUUAACAUUUACUGUGUAAUGUGGUUUUGUGCCAGAAAAACACCCUUGUGAUUUUCUGCACCAGGAGAUGUAUAUUUCUGAUUGUAAACCACUUGUUCUGUUGCAUUGUAUGCUGCACAUAAGCUGAACCUUGCUGUAAAUAAUUCACCACAUGUAGAAACCUUACUGAUUGAAGCUGUGAGUGAGAUCUUGACAUUACUGAAAUCAAAAGCAUCAGUUGCUUGAGUUGUGUGGGAACCAGGAUUUCACCUUUUACAGCUCCUGUUUUACCAAUGGCAGUGGCUAUGGAUGGGUCAGAGAGGGGAUGCUUGGUACUGCCCCUGCAGCUCCACUGUCCCCCCAGGGCCUGCAAAAAUGUGGGGGCUGCUGGAUCUUUUCAGGUCAUUCCCCCAGAGAACUGUGGAUAUUGAUCAGAAACAAUGCAGAAGUGAAGACUUGCUCUGACAUCUUGUUGCAGCAGAUAGAGGAAGACAAAGUCAUGGAGAGGGAUUUCAGAUACCUUGGGGAGCUUGGUCAGCUCUAGCCCUUGGAUCAGGCAAUGCCUGGUGGGGUCUGUGUUGAGCUGGGUGCCAGUCAGUUGCCACUUAGUUUAUUUUACAUGUUGCA